AUGGAUGGUGAUACAUUUUCCGGGCUCGCCAAUGGCACGCAGAAUGUGGACGGAAAGAUCAUGCAGAGUUUCCAAAAAAGCUUCGUCCAAGUCCAGAACAUACUCGACCAGAACCGGGUGCUCAUAAACGAGAUCAACCAGAAUCACGAGUCCAAGACUUCCGACAAUUUGGGGCGUAACGUGGGCCUCAUCCGAGAGCUCAACAACAACAUCCGGAGGGUGGUCGACCUCUAUUCUGAUUUGUCGACUUCUUUCACGAAAUCAAUGGAUGUCUCGUCCGAGGAGGACUCGGGUGGCGCUUUUUUUAACAAACCUGACGGAAAGGCUGGUUUGAAAAGGCAUAGAGCUGGGUGA